UAAAAUAAUGCUCAACUAAUCCCCUCCGAGUUUCACUUACUACUCACGGUACCGGACGGAGACGAAACUCGCGGCUUCCCGUAAACUCUACACACCGUCAGAUUAGGACAAUUAAUUCAACGGUGUAGAUCUCACUGAUAAAUCGGCCAAACGAUGUCGUUUUCGACUGGAAAACAAACAUUAUUUGCUAAUAUUUUUCUAAUCUGCUAAUAAUGUUAUAGACACCUAAUUUUUAGCACCACAUAUAAUUCAGAUUUUUCACUUAAAUCUAAUUUUAAAAGUGUCUAAUAAUUCAACGUUUAGCGUUGUGCUAAAAUAUUUCUGUUAAUUUUUUAAAAAAUAGAUUUAUUUUUUAUUUUUUUGAAUUUAUUUUUUAUUUUAAUUUUAAUCUUAAUUUUAAUUAUUGUGGAGUAUUACCGUACCGUAUGGAACCGUAGAGUAUGGGGGAUAUAAAUACGUAGAAGGAAAAUACGGUAAAUGGAGUAACGAGGGAAAGAGAAGAGAGGGAGGAAAGUGCAAAACAAGGGGUCUUUUUAUUUUCUCCCAAAGAUUGAAUAGAGAGAGGUCCUUCUGAGGUCAGACUGUUUGGAUAGAUCUCUCUCUUUCUGAGAAAAUUUUGAUAAUCAGAGAUCUCUAUCUUCUUCUUCUUCUUCUUCUCUGAUCAUCGAUGGGUUUGUGGGAAGCUUUUCUCAAUUGGCUUCGAAGCCUCUUUUUCAAACAGGAAAUGGAGCUAUCCUUGAUUGGACUUCAGAACGCUGGAAAGACUUCUCUUGUAAAUGUCGUGGCGACUGGUGGAUACAGCGAAGACAUGAUCCCCACAGUUGGAUUUAAUAUGAGGAAGGUAACAAAAGGAAAUGUUACUAUAAAGUUGUGGGAUCUCGGAGGUCAACCUAGAUUCCGCAGCAUGUGGGAGCGAUAUUGUCGUGCAGUUUCUGCUAUUGUUUAUGUUGUUGAUGCUGCUGAUCCCGAUAACUUGAGCACCUCAAAAAGUGAACUUCAUGAUUUAUUGAGCAAGCCUUCAUUGAGCGGUAUCCCGUUGCUGGUUUUAGGGAAUAAGAUUGACAAACCAGGAGCUCUAUCGAAGCAGGCUUUGACUGAUGAAAUGGGCCUGAAAUCGAUCACAGAUAGAGAAGUUUGUUGCUUCAUGAUCUCUUGCAAGAACUCAACCAACAUAGAUUCAGUCAUUGACUGGCUUGUAAAGCAUUCAAAAUCAAAGAACUAAGAUGGGUUGUCUUCUCUAUUCUUCCGUUUUCAUGUGUCAUAAUUUUCUGAAAGAUUAAUUCAUGGAUUUGUUGGUGAGUGAGAUUCACAUCAUCUAACUUGGUUGUGAUCUUUGUUCCUUAGCUUUUCCUACAUUCUCAGCUGUAUCAUAUAUUACUAAGUUACUGAGCUCCAUGUCUAAUUUAGUCGUGAUGCUCUCUCCAUCACCCAUGGUAUAUUUGUCCAACUUGUGAAAAUGAUCUCCUGAAACUUUUUGAAA